CACACAUCUGAAGUGGAGCAUCUGCAGACACACACAUCUCAAAGAAUUCAAGUUACUGUAUCUAUACUUCCAAAAGAGUCUUGGUGAUGAAAUUCAUCCUAUUGCACUGCAGAAGGAGCACCAUGAAGAAAACACAGAAGAAGAACAGAACUUUCACAGCUUAUUGAUAAAAUCAAGGUGAAAUUAUUUCAAGCUGAGUGAGCAGACAGGAAACAGGGGCUGCUUGUAAAUGUGAACAUGUUUUCUGUUGUGAUAGUUGUGAGCCACAAGCUUCCUUCUGGGGAUGAAUUUUAAAAGUCGAAUUCACCCCAAACCAGCUCUCUUCAGAGAUGCAAGAUUUUUUUUGUGUUCAUCUGUGUUUAAUCACCAAGAAAACUGAGAGAAACAAAUCAAACGAGGCCACCAUAUCUAGUUUAUAGCCUUCUUGCUAAUGGGUUUUUUCCCCCUGAUACUGGUGAUGGAAAACCGAAGCAGCAUCAGUGAUCUGCUUGUACGUGCCCUUGACAACCUUGCUCAGGAAGACUUCAAAAGAUUUAAAGACAAACUAUCACACUUUGACUUUAAGGGAAACGGUAACAUUCCCCAGGGUCAGCUGGAGAAUGCCGACAGGAUAGAUACUAAGAACCUCCUGAUGAAAUUCUAUGGUGCAGAGGCUGCCUUGGAUGUAACCAUAGAUGUUUUCACUCAGCUCAACCUCAGAGAGGCUGAUGAAAAGCUCAGAGAAGAAAGAAAGAAAGUUUUAUCACAGGAAAAGGAGAAAACAGCAAAAGUUGAAGAAACAAGAGGGAAUGACAGACGAUGGGAUCUGAGACCAUGUGCAGAGAUACGUCAUGCCAAGGAGCAGGGAGUUGAUAAUCCCUCUCUGAAAGGCUCUGAUUACCAGAAAAAAUAUAGAGAACAUAUACUAGAAGAAUACCAAGUAAUAGAAGACAGGAAUGCUCGCCUGGGUGAAUAUGUGAGUCUAGACAAGAGAUACACAAAACUGCUUAUUGUAAAGGAACAUUGGCAGCGGGAGGAGAAAGAACAUGAAAUAAUCACCAGAGGAAGGAAACACGCAGAGCUGAUGGCUCACCAGACCAGUCUCACUACCGUUAGUGUUUUAUUUGACCCUGACAGAAAUCGGGAAAGCCCAAGAACUGUUGUGCUGCUGGGAGCUGCUGGAAUUGGGAAAACAAUGACAGCAAGAAAGAUCAUGUUGGACUGGGCAGCUGGAAAACUCUAUCAGAAAAAGUUUGAUUAUGUUUUUUAUAUAAACUGUAGAAAAAUUAAUCUUGUUACUGCACAGCAAAGUAUGGCUGAUUUGCUUUUAAAUAAUUUUCCUGAUGACGUAAGACCAACUAAAGAAAUCUUUGAGAAGCCAGAAAAACUCCUGUUUAUAAUAGAUGGUUUUGAUGAAUUGAAUUCUGUGCUAAGUAUGGAGGAAGUUAGUCUGUGGUCUGACCCAUUUGAGAAGAAGCCAGUGAAAACUGUACUGUGCAGUUUAUUGAGAAAGAAAGUUCUUCAAAAAUCCUUCUUACUGAUCACUUCAAGACCAACUGCUCUGGAGAAACUAAAGCAGAAUUUGAAAUUUCCAUGUUAUGCAGAGAUAAGGGGAUUUUCUGGAGAUGACAGGAAAGAAUAUUUUCAUAAAUUCUUUGGUGAUGAAAAGAAAGCAACACAAGCCUUUAAUUUUGUCAAAGAAAAUGAAAUGCUCUUCACCAUGUGCUUUGUCCCCAUUGUGUGUUGGAUCAUCUGCACGGUUAUGAAGCAACAGAUGGAAAGAAAGGAAGAUCUUGCACAAACUUCAAAAACAACCACAUCAGUAUAUUUGCUCUUUCUGACCAGUUUACUAACUGAUCAUUUCACUGACUCAGUGCAACAGUCUAAAACUACUCUGUGGAAGCUUUGCUCCUUGGCUGCAGAUGGAAUUUUAGAACGGAAAAUACUGUUUGAAGAAGGUGACCUGAAGAAACACAAUUUAUCCUUGUCUACCAUUCACACUCUCUUUCUGAAUAAAAGUAUUUUUCAGAAAGAUACAGAAUGUGAAAGUGUCUACAGCUUCAUUCACUUGAGUUUCCAAGAGUUUUUUGCAGCUCUGUUCUAUGUGCUAGAGGAAGAUGAAAAGACAAUGAAAAAAUCAUUGUCUUCUAAGAAAGAUGUGAACAGCUUGCUAAAAAUUUAUGGACCAUCUAAAAAUAAUUAUUUGAUGUUAACAGUACGUUUCUUGUUUGGUCUCUUAAAUAAAGAGAGACUAAAUGACAUGGAGAAAAAAUUACAUUGUAAAACAUCAUCUGCAAUCAAGCUGGAUUUAUUGAAGUGGUUUGAAGCAGAAGCUAAAAAAAUCUCCUCUAUGCCCUAUAAGGGCUCUGAGGAACUGCUUGACCAGCUUGAGUUGUUUCACUGUUUGUAUGAGAGCCAGGAAGAAGAGUUUGCAAAAAGUGCAAUGGAUAAUUUCCAAGAAAUUAGAUUGGAACACAUCAGGCUUUCAACAAUGGAUGAAAUUGCUCUUUCAUUCUGUGUAAAGAACUGUUGUAGUAAGCAGUCACUCUACCUGUGUAAUUGUACGCUUGGGAUUGGAGAACGAGAAGAAGGAUGGAUAGCAAAGCUACGGAAAUGGUUAUUUCCUCUGAACCCAGGGAUUAAAGAUCAGAGAACUUCAACUGCAUACUCAUUGUUAAAAGGACUGAAGGAUCCUAACUGUAGGCUAAAGACAAUAUCCUUGUCCAGCUGCAAACUCUCAUCUGCUUUCCCUGAGCACCUCUUCCCUAAGAUGCUCUUUACAAACUGGUCCCUGGAAAAGCUGGAUCUGAGUGCUAACACACUGGGAGACUCAGGACUGAAACAUCUGAGUGAGGGACUGAAACAUCCACACUGUAAACUGCAGAUACUGCUGUUGUGGCAGUGCCGUCUCACAGCUGCUUGCUGUGGUGAUCUUGCUGCUGCCCUCAGUACAAACCAGUCCGUGACUGAGCUGGAGCUGAGUGGGAAUAAACUGGGAGAUUCAGGAAUUAAAGUUCUGUGUGAAGGACUGAAACAUCCCAGAUGUAAACUGCAAAAAUUAGUGGUCUGGGAUUGCCAUCUGACUGAUGCUUGCUGUGGAGCUCUCUCCUCUCUGCUCAGCACAAACCAGUCCCUGAGAGAGUUGAACCUGAGCAGUAAUAAGCUGAGUUAUUCAGGAGUGAAGCUUCUGUGUGAAGGACUGAAACAUCCAAACUGCCAGUUACAGAAGCUCGACUUGUCUGAAAACCACAUAGAUGAAAGAACAACCAUGGAGUUAGACAUUUUGCAGAAGAUAAAACCUGGUUUGUCGAUUGUGCAUAAUGCAGCAUUGAGCCCUGAGAGCCUAGGUGCAAAACAAAGCUGGAUGGCAUUGCUUCUAUCUCAGCGCCAUACAUACACCUCCAGAGUGCGGUCUGGGAUUGAAGAAUUUCUGUGGUAUAUUUUUGUGUUGCACUGGGAGAUUGGAUUUGUUCUGCUGUUAAGCAUGGCUACAUAUUGGCUUCUCUGAUUGAUAAAUAUUUAAGAAAAUGAAACACAAGGCCAUAUAGAGGAUUAAUUAAUCUUGAAACAGUUUUUGAUUCUCUUAAAGAAAUCUUAAUGGUGUAAGAGGUGUUAAGUGGGAAUUGAUUUCCCCUUAAAGCUGUGGUGUCAAACACAUGGUUCAUGUGAUGUAUUUUGUUGCUGCAUCACAUACUCAGAUUCUAUAGAAUCUAAGCUUUUCUUAAUUCACUUUUUAAAAAUAACUUUCUUUUACAAAACCAUCGGGAGCGCCUCUCUUCCUGCCUCCAAAAUACCUAAGGGGCUCUACCAACCCUUACAGAACUUGGGGGCUCUCCAAGAAGUGGGGGCUUCUAUCCUUUGUACAGAUUCAGGGUUCUUUUUUCUCCCAAACAUUGGGACUCUGUGGCAGUAUGUAUUCCUAUGUUCACUCCUUUACUGGAAUAUGAUAAAUUUUGUACAAAGUAUGCCUUAUGCAGUAUCAUUUGAAAACUCAUAAUUUGAUGAUCAUUAUUAUCCUGGUAAAAUGUGUGUCAAUAUUACAUGUAAAGAGGUAAGAUUCCUCUGUAUGGUAUUAUUAAGACAAGAAACAGCCACACACCAGUCCCUCAGAGACCAAAGGAAUCUGAUUCUUCAGCCAGGUGUCAACAAAAUGAAAUGCAUCAUCACCUGUUUAAGUGGCCACUCUUCAUCAGGAAAGAGGAUGUGGGUGAAAAAUUUACCCCUUGACAAAGAAAGAGCUUGAGGUUCCUGUGUACAUACUUUCUACUUCCUGAACCUCAGCUGGAGAUGAUUCUCGAAGAAUAGAAAGAACUAUAGGAAGGGAGAGCAGACACUCUGUUGCACUGACAACACUUGAAGAACAAAGGAAGCAGCACUGGAUAGGGUAAGGGACUUGACUGAAAGAAAUUCAGCCUGUAAGACUUUUGAAACAUGUGAUGAGAGAGACUUUGCUUUGAAUUCACUUAGCUUGUCAAGUUAGGCAUUUGUUGUGUUUUACUUUUAUUUUCUUGUAACCAAUUCUAACUUUUAUGCCUCAUUAAUUGUAGUCCCUUAAAAUCUACCUUUCUCUAGUUAAUAAACUCAUUUUAUAGUUUUAUC